CACUAUUCGUACCUACCUUACCUACAGAUCAGAGACCUUACAGAUGCAUUGAUGCAAGGUCACCAAACAAUGACCGACGUACAUUGGUCAGCUUUGCUACGGAUACCUAGAAGCCUUAGCACUCACUGCCGUUCCUCGGUCAAAAAGCAUGAGAACCAGGGAAUCACUCCAAUGCAUGGCUGCAGUCUGCCACGCCGCUGCCGCUGCUACUACCUACCUAUCCGUACUGUUGCUGCUGAUAGAUAGAUCCCCUGGCCUGCCCCGGCUUCUGCAAAGACCUGUACCAGUGAGGGCUCUGAAUUGGGCAGUCUGUCCGCGGCAGCCUCUAUCCGUGACAAUUUCUUUGUCUGAGUCAUACGCAGCAUUGGUGCUUGAUUAGCCCCUCUGAAGAAGGUAGUUUGGACACCAGCGUCAAGCCCGCUCUUCUUUUCAAUGUUCCAACAAACUCUAGAUAAUACCUACUCCGUACGGGACGGAUACAGAACGACCAUCUGGUAGUCACUUGUGAACCCCACGGGGGACACUGGGCUGUGUGCGUCCGCUAUACUGGUCUCUUCAAGCCUCUGCGUUGUCGCUGCUGUCUCCCGGCCAGCCACUCCACAAUGCAGUCUCGCAAAGGGCCUAUGAAACCUCUGGC